AUGAAGGCAGAGCUGAAGCACCUCGAUCGCAAGUACAGCGAGAAGCAUCAGUGGUAUUACGCCGAGACAGUCGAGGACAAAGCUGUUCCUGAUCAGGUUGAUUGGUGGACAAAAUAUGCCCUCUGUGUGACAAGAUACAUGUCACAAGAUGGCAAAAAUGUCAACAAAGUAGUCGUUCAGAUAAACUCGCAACAUCUCAAGGACCUGCUGAAGGAGGCAAUCGGCUCUUACCCUGGCGUCAGUCUCGACACAAAGGACAUUGCUCUGACACAGCCUUGCCGUCUCCUUUACCACUACCUCGACGAGAUCAAGGCACUCGGCGAAAAGUUCGAAGCUGGCUCUGAAGCAGCAGCCCACUACCAAGUCCUUCUGAACCACAUCCAAGAGGAGUUUGGCGAGACGAUCCAGGAGGCAAACAAUCUUCGUGAGCAAAACGUCAUGAGCUACCAGCAUUUGUGGACUGUCUUUAAGCCCAAGACUAUUGCAUUUGCGCGCGUGCUUGGUCAGGUUCAAGCUUUCCGUGUGCUGGACUCUCACUACCAGUGUGGUCAAAACCCUCGCUUGGUACUUCAAUUGCAGCAAGUGGACUUUGAUGGUAAACGCUUUGGUCAUCGAAACGAACAGAUGGGCAUUCCUGCCUACCUGGGAGCCGUCGGGAUUAGCAAGCUCAAUGUCGUUCCUCGUCUCUUCUUCCCUCAAGUCGAGGAGGUAGAGCAAGCUCUCAUUGCAAGAGGUCGCCGUUUCGAGCAGUAUGCUGGUAUCCACUUUGCCGAGCAUGCAGCCAUUGCUUUGGAGCACGUCUACAACAGCGCUCGUGGUGACUACGAUAUCAAUCGCGUCCACAUCAGCGAAAGGGUUGUUAUUGACUGUUUGACACACCAUCGUCUCAACCCUGACCUUGCUAAGAGCGUCUACGACUCAGACAACUACGACAGCGACGACGACGAGUCGCCAAAGCGCCUAGAUGCUGAACUCAUGCCCACUGCCCAAAAAUCCUUCAAACCCUUGACUGACGAACAAUGUCUUCUCGCGUCUGCUUUGGUGCACGGUUUCUCCUUCACCCACAAAAAGUGGAUCGACAUGUUCAUCGACGAACUCUCCCCAGUACAAUGGAACGAACAAUGUUUCGACCAACUCGUGCUCGCACCUCGGCAGAAGAAACUCGUACAAGCCUUAGUCACCGAACACAUCUGCCAAAAGUCAGACUUCGACGACAUCAUAAAGGGAAAAGGCAAAGGCCUUGUUCUGGUGCUGCACGGUCCUCCAGGUGUAGGAAAGACUCUAACUGCAGAAUGUGUAGCUGAACGCUGCAAACGUCCUUUGUACGUGGUGUCCUCAGGAGACCUGGGAACAGACAGUUUCACGCUCGAUCAGCGAUUGACCCAGAUCUUGGAUAUGGCGAGUACAUGGCGCGCAGUCCUUCUCAUCGACGAAGCAGAUGUCUUCCUCGAACGCCGUUCUCUGCACGAUAUGGAGAGAAACGCCUUGGUCUCUAUCUUCCUACGUGUGCUGGAAUACUACCAAGGAAUCUUGUUCCUCACUUCCAACCGUGUGGACACGUUUGACGAUGCAUUCAAAUCGCGCAUCCACGUCCCUCUCAAAUAUACUGGUCUGGACACUUCUUCGCGCAAGCAGAUCUGGAAGAAUUUCCUCGACAAGGCAGAGGGCGGUGAGGAAGGUUCGGUCGUUGACGAAGAGGGCCUUGAUAAAUUGGCCGUGCACGACUUGAACGGAAGACAAAUCAAGGGCAUCGUGAGAACGGCUACCAGUCUUGCUCGCUACGACAGCAAGAAGUUGGAUCUGGAGACUUUGGAGCAGGUUGUCGAGAUCCAGAUGGACUUUGAGAGGGAUCUCGUGGGAGACAAGCAGUGA